AUGCAGUUCUACCAAUCGAACUACUCCUAUCAACAAGCGCAACCGUCAAUGCCUGUCAACAGCAUGGGUUCCAUGGAUAUGGGCUUUAAUAACGACGUCAGUGGUGCAAUGGGUGGAGGUGAGUUGACUCCAGGACUACUUGCUGCAUUCGGUACUCUGGGAUACCCAGGCGAACCACCAUUGCUUGAAGAAUUGGGAAUAAAUUUUCUGCACAUCAAAUCAAAGACCCUUGUCGUGUUGAAUCCAUUGAUGAAGGAUAUACCUAGUGAUAUUAUGGCCGACUCUGAUUUGGCGGGCCCAAUUUUGUUUGUGCUAUUGUUUGGUACAUUGCUUCUUUUGGCCGGAAAGGUGCAAUUUGGGUAUAUUUAUGGGGUUGGGCUAUUCGGCACAAUCAGUUUACACUACUUGUUUAAAUUUAUGAGUAAUGAUACCCAAAUCGACCUUAGUCGUUCGGCCUCGGUCAUUGGCUAUUGUUUAUUACCAUUGGUGUUGAUCAGUGUUGUUGGUGUGGUGACGAAUUUGGACAACAUGUUAGGCUACGUGCUUAGUAUAAUUGCCGUAUUGUGGUGCACUUAUUCAGCUAGUGGGUUCUUUGUUUCGGUGUUGAAGUUGCACAACGUCAGGCCUUUGAUUGCUUAUCCAUUGUGUAUGUUUUACACUGUGUUUGCACUCAUGGCUAUAUUUGUUGAAAAGACGGAAGUUAGUUGA